AUGCCUGGAGGAAUUCAUUUUCUAUUUGGCCUCAUUCUCUUUUACAUUCUCCAAUGGAUAGCCUAUUUCCUGCGGAAACAACAACAACAAACCAAGUCAUCAACAUCUUCACGAAAACAUCAAGACACCAAUCAUGAUAAUUGCACAUUAUCAACCCCUCAUCAUUCUACUAUGGAUACUAAAAUUCAACUUUAUGGCAUGAAGCCUCAUCCAUCAUCUUCCUUGUCGCCGUCUUCCGAUUUGAAAAUCAAUGAAGAUCAUCAUUCACAAACAACAACAAUAACACCUCUAGCACCACUUCUUCAUCGAAUCUACCACCGAAGGAUUGAUCGAGAAUGGUUUCAAUUUGGUAUUAUUGUAGGCUCAGUCAUGCCCGAUGUGGAUUUGUGUCUUGCCAUUGUUUCCAUUGUGUUUUGUUACCUCUUUCUAGGCUAUGAUGGUGAGGAUAAUAGACAAGUGGCUGAAGCCGUGCAUCGGACGGCCACUCAUUCUCUCAUCCUUUGUGUUCCUUUACUGAUUCUAUUCAUUUAUAUGUAUAAUAAGAGAGAUUAUCACAUUCUCAACAAGAAGAAACAAUCACCACUCAAUUUAUCCACAAAAAACCAUUCGACGAGUAUUAGUAGUGGCAGUAACAAUACUAGUAGCAUGAUGACCGCUCAUCUUCGAGUCACGGACACAUCUGGCCAUAAUUCCGAAAUUAUGAAUCAUCAUCAACAACAUCAGCUGAAUGAAGAGGGAGCUGCUCAAAGUUUGACAACGACCACUACUACUACCAAUGACAACAUUUCAACAACAUCUGCAGAAACGACCAAUGAUGAAGACAUGAUUCAGGAAAGUACUCUCAUAUCGUCACGAGUGUUGAGUGAUGAACAUCCUCACUUGCACGAACACUCGCCGAGUAUUGAUGAUGAUGCUCCAAGUGGUUUAAAGGCAGCUGCUCCUCUCAAUAACUUUUCAACAACAUCUCAGGUAGGAGCAACAAGCGAGCACGUGACUCACUCACACAUUACCAAUCAUCAUCAUCAUGGCCAUAAAUCUCAGCCUUACAGCAAAUUACCACUGUGGGGAAAAUUUAUGAGAGAUUUCAAAUGGUUGAAUUUACCUUUUGCAAUUGGAUUCCUCGUUGGAGCUAUCUUCCACAUUUUCUUAGAUGUGAUUUACAUGAAAGGUGUCAAAUUAUUUUGGCCAAUUUAUGGUGAGGAAAUUUUCUGUGAAAUUCCAUGGCUCUACUUGUAUGACAAUUUCAAAUAUUCUCCAAUGGUUCAAAAAGUGAUUAUGACUUGUGAUCAUACCAGUGAGAUUUUAUUUUAUAUUGCCAUAUUAUAUUAUAGAAGAAAAAUAGGAAAAGUGGGUUUAUCCUUGAAUGAGAAUCAUGAAAUUGAGGAAGAAGCAAAACCUGCUCAUCCAAAUCAACACCACUCACUCUUUCAUCACAAACGAAAUGGCCAUGUCGUUGUUUUUCAAAAACAUAGAACCUUUAUUAAUUUAUUGAAACACUUGAAAAAUUUACCACAUUCCUACACUGAAUUUAUAAGAGAACUUUGGAAUGCAUCUGAAGAUGAUUGGGACACAAUUUUCAAAUAUUUCUGUGGGGUGCAAAUAUUUGCUGUUUGGUUUACAUUUUCAUUGAUGUACUUUUUCUUUCCAGAGAUGGGCUUUGUGCAAUUUGUGAUUUUCAUCUACUUUCCAGGAACUGUUUGUGUUUUGAUUUCGCUUUUAGCACCUUUUUGUUUCAGAGAGACGUUAAGUCGUUGGGAUUGGUCUCAUUUAAUUCAUGGAACACCAAAACAUGUCGACCCUCUCUCUGCUCACCUCUAUCAUCAAGGGUCAAUCGCAGGUGUGGUGCAGUAA